CGAUUGCAAUGAAGAUGCGCCUUCUUGUUUUGUUGUCAUCACUAUGCAAGUACCUAUCAUCUCCUUUUGGGAUUUCCUUUAUGUUAGGUUACCACUGCCGCCUGCAAGACCUCGUCCAACUUGAUCUACUCGUUCUCAGCUUCUCACUUCAAUUACAUUUCACAUUUUUUAGGGCUUUAAAUGUUGGUAAAGAAGAAAAACCAAGGACGAUGUAAUUCUAUAUUUUAUUAUUUCUUAAAGCGCCGGCACCCGUGUUUCGUCUUUUUAUUCGGGUCGAAACUUCAAUGAAUUAGAGGAAGAAACAAAAUUAAUGUUCGCGCAGAUUAUUCUUCUCUAUCUUCUCCCAUUCUCAGUGGCUUCUUCACUUUCACGUUCACGUUGCUGAAUCAUUUUGGGCUUUGGCAAUUGUUCCCCACUUUCCCUUUUUUUUUCCCCCUGUUGAAACCCCACAAAUGGAGACGCAUUAUGGGUAUAGAAGGAAGGCGCAGAUUGCACUAAUCGCCGUUAUAGUGCUAACUUCUCUAGCCAUGAUCGCAUUGCUUGUUGCCCUUAUUUACUAUUGCUACAGAAGGAGCAAGGUUUACAAGCGCCGCCAGAACCAAUCAUUUGCUGGUCACAACGAAAAAAGUGACUUUGCCAAUCUGCAUGUUGCUGCUGACAAUGGAUCUCAAGUGUUCACUUGCAAGCAGUUGCAUUCUGCAACUAACGGCUUUAGCAAGUCAAAUGUAAUUGGCCAUGGCAGAUUUGGACUUGUCUACAGGGGAGUGCUAAAUGAUGGCAGGAAUGUCGCAAUUAAAUUCAUGGAUAAAGCACGAAAACAAGGAGAAGAAGAAUUUAAAAUAGAGGUGGAAUUGCUGAGUCACUUGCACUGUCCAUAUUUGCUCACAUUGCUGGGUUAUUGCUCUGAUGGUAAUAAUAAAUUGCUGGUUUAUGAGUUCAUGGCAAAUGGGAGUCUGCAAGAACAUCUUCAUCCUGUCAGCAAUUUUUACAUCGCACCCGUGAAAUUGGAUUGGAAUAUCCGGUUAAGAAUAGCCCUAGAAGCUGCCAAGGGUUUGGAAUACCUUCAUGAAUAUGUCAGUCCCCCAGUUAUCCACAGAGAUUUUAAGAGCAGUAACAUUGUCUUAGACAGACAACUUCAUGCAAAAGUUUCUGACUUUGGCUUAGCCAAGCUUGGAUCCGAUAAAGCUGGUGGACACGUUUCGACUCAAGUUUUAGGAACACAUGGAUAUGUUGCCCCUGAAUAUGCGCUAACUGGGCACUUAACAACCAAAUCAGAUGUAUACGGUUACGGCAUUGUACUUCUCGAGCUGUUAACUGGUCGAGUACCAAUUGAUAUGGAGAGACCUCCAGGGGAAGGCGUUCUUGUUUCAUGGGCCUUGCCCCUUUUGACUGAUAGAGAAAAAGUUGCAAAGAUUAUGGAUGCUUCAUUGGAAGGUCAGUACUCAAUGAAAGAAGUUAUCCAGGUAGCCGCCAUUGCUGCAAUGUGUGUGCAACCAGAUGCAGAUUAUAGGCCUCUCAUGGCAGACGUUGUGCAGUCACUGGUUCCACUGGUGAAGACGCACAGACCAACAACCUCAAAGGUUGGUAACUACCCUAGUUUCCAUGUCAAUAAGUUAUCCCCGCCUCAGGAUUCAGUGAAAGCAACUAUGUAACGCUCUGAAUGAAAUCUAAAUUAUGGUCAAGGUUCAUAGAAAGAGAAGUGAAUUAAGCUAGUCAUUUGAAUGUGAUUGAAGAGUUCAAGUUGAUGAAGGGACGGGAUGGGUUGAUUUUGAUUUGUGUUAAAAUGGAUCUUCUCAAAGUUCAUGUGACAAUCAAUGUAAAAUUAAUACCUCUUAUUUUAGGUUUUAAUCAAAGUCCAGGGAUGUUCUGUAUUUUUGAGGUUGAGGUUGAUGAAUGCUUCAAAGGAGCCCUUCCUUGAA